UAUUACCUGACCAGAGAGCCACAGGCCGUUUGCUAUUCACAAAGGGGAAAAACCUUCCAAGGGUGAAUCUUAACUUUUCGCACUAAGGCUUACUUAUCUUUUGCUUCUUUUGAAGACAACCCUUCUUACCAGCUCCCUUGGUCGCACUUAAUCGUCAGCGAAUGAGCACUCCCAGGUUCUAGAUUGGGGAACUAUUACUCCAAGACAAGAUGUAUCUGGCUCUUCUGGGGAUGCUUUGGUUCUGUCCAAGACUGAAAGGUCAAGAAAACUCUUUCACCAUCAACAUGAUUGAGAUGAAAGCAGAGCCAGGUUGGGAGGUGGAGAAUGGAAAGAACCUUACCCUGAAAUGCAUCGUGGACAUCAGCAGCACCUCGAAGCUUCAGUCUCAGCACCAGGUCCUAUUUUAUAAGGAUGACAUUCUGCUCAAGAACGUUACCUCCCAGAAUAAAGAGGAGGCCAUUUUUAUUCAGGCUGCUCGGAUAUAUGACCGAGGGAAUUACAAAUGUACUGUGAUUCUGAACAACAAGGAGAAAACCACAAAAGAUUACUCUGUUUCAGUAAAAGGAGUACCGAAUCCCAGGGUUACAGUGGACAAGGUGGAAGUGAUGGAAGGAGGGAUGGUGACGGUUGAGUGUGCUGUUCCUGAGGAGAAGCCUCCAAUAUAUUUUAUAGUUGAAAAACUGGAAAUGGAUAUCUGCAAGCAGAGAAAAGAAAAGACGAUACUGCAUAAUAAUUACGUGACACUGGAAUUUCCAAUAGAAGAACAAGACAAUGUUUUAAUUUUUCAAUGCCAGGCCAAGAUCUCUUUUGGAAAUUUCUUGGAGGCGUCAGAAUUCACCAAGAGCGACUUGGUCACUGUGAGAGAAACCUUUUCAAUCCCCAGCUUUCAAAUUACACCAGAAGGAGAGAUCACAGAAGGAGAUCCCCUGAAACUCAAAUGCACAAUCCGAGUGACACACAUGUUUCUGGAGGACCGUGAAAUCAUCAUCCAGAAAGACAGAGAGAUUGUGGCCUAUGCUAAGCAUGGGACAGAAGUGACUUAUUCUCCUCCAAUAGCCAAAGUGGAACACAUUGGGAACUACACCUGCAAAGUGGAAUCCAGCAAGAUAUCUAAAGUCAAUAGCAUUUUCAUCAAUAUCACAGAGUUGUUUUCCAAACCUAAGCUGCUGAUUUCUUCCAACCAUCUGGAUGAAGGUGGGAAGCUAGACCUGUCCUGUCAGAUUGCAGGGUCCCCACUUGCCAACUUCACCAUCAAGAAGGAGAAUACAACAAUAACAAAUUCUCAGAAUUUUACAAAGAGGGUCUGGAUAUAUGACAGUGGGGUAUACAGAUGCCUUGCUGCAGUCCGCAAUGUCAUCAAGGAAAGUGAUCCAGUAAGGUUAUAUGUUUUUGAAAUUGUCUCUAAGCCCAGGAUUUUUCAUAACUCAAGAUCUGAAGUCAUAAAGGGGCAGGACUUAGAAGUCUAUUGCCAGUCAGUAAAUGGAACACCACCGAUCAUAUACUAUCUUUGUAAAAUGAACACAUGUAAGAGUCAGAAAGAAAUGUUUACCCAUGAACCAGCAACAUUCUUGGAGAAGCCCACUGCAACAACAGAAUACACCUGUAUCGCUAAAAACUACCAUUCCCAAGGGUCAGUGACUAGUGAUAUAUUGAAUGUCGUGGUGAUAGUUCCAGUUUCCAGGGUCAACUUAUCCAAUCUGCUUCAUGAAGAAGUAGAGAGUGGGCAAAAUGUCGCACUCCUAUGCAGCACAGAUGAAGGGUCUUGGCCAAUUCACUAUAAGUUUUAUAAACAUAAUGCUGUGGUCCCUUCUUAUGAAACAACCUUGAAUGACACCAAAGCAAUCUGGGAUAACUUAGAAGUCAGCAAGAAGGAUGAGGGGCAGUAUUAUUGUACAGCUUCCAACAGGGCCAACAUCCACAGCAGGAUCUCAAAGAGCAACAUUAUCACUGUCAAAGUCACUCUUGCUCCUUGGAUGAAGGGUCUGAUUGCAGUGGUCAUCAUUGGUGCCAUAAUCAUUGCAUUGGUUGUUGUGGCCAGAUGGUACUUUUUUAAGAAAUCAAAGGCAAAACAGAUGCCAGUGGAGAUGUCCAGGCCAGGACCACCCCCGAACUCCAACACUGAGAAGAUGCAAUCUGAUCCCAAUGUGGAAGCUAAUAGUCACUCUGGACUAGGAUACAAUGAUGAUACUGGGAACCAUACAAUGAAACCAGCAAAUGAACAAAAAGAGCCUGACCAUUUGAAUAUGGAUGUGGAAUAUACUGAAGUUGAAGUCUUGACACCUGAUCUUCACAAAGCUCCUGAAAGGAAAGGAACUGAGACUGUUUACAGUGAAAUCAGAAAGGCUGUGAGGCAAUUGGGGUUAAGUGACUUGCCCAGGGUCACACAGCUGGGUCAGGGGAGAACAGGCAUUCUAGAAUAGAAGGCUCCCUUGAUGCAACCUAGAAAACCAAUUACAGCUGUGGAUCCCUGAUGUUCCAAGAAGAUGAACAGAGAUUUUCCAUGUAUCCCAAGAGCACUGUAGCACUUACUCAUGAAUCAGAUGGUCUCUUACAAACAGCGAUUUUUCUCAGGCCAAGUCAUCAUUUCUCAAACCCAUGCCCUGAUCCUUCCGUGUGUUCGUGUGUGUGUGUGUGUGUGUGUGUGUGUGUGAAUGUGUUACAAAGAUUCUAGAGAAAGAAAAGUGCUGCUAGAAAUUCUGGGUCCCAUUCCAUUUCACACUUUAGCCCUCUCCAGAGGAGUUGGGUCCUAUUGUCACUGCUUCCCAGAUCUUGGGAAAAACAGAAUAGAAAUAGCAGGUUCAUUGUUCAUGGUCCAUUGGGGGUCUUUUGAAACUUGAAUAUUUUGUCUUGUACAGAGAUAGAGAACUUUACAAAGUGUCUACAUAAAAAAGGAAACGUUUCUAAUUUGAUGGUAAAUUGCCUGUUCUAGAUAAAGGUCCUACAGCUUUGGGGCCUAUCUUUCACAUGUUCCUUUUCUCAUCUUUCAAAGGGCCCACUGUUCUGUGCAAACUUUUUCUGUCCUGAAAUAUACGAUUCAGAUCAGAAAAGAGAAAGGUGGCUCUUUCUGAUAUGACCAGACUUGGGAGCAAAAUAGUUUAGCUAUCAUAUUGGGGCAGCUAGGUGGCGCAGUAGAUAAAGCACCAGCCCUGGAUUCAGGAGGACCUGAGUUCAAAUCUGUUCUCAGACAUUCGACACUAGCUGUGUGACCGACCUUGGGCAAGUCACUUAAUCCUCAUUGCCCCACCAAAAAAAAAAAAAAAGAAGUUUAGCUUUCGGUGAUGGAGAGUGACUCUUUGGGAUAAAGCUCUUAUGGAAUAGGGCAAACAUAUAGCAUUUAAAAAGUAAACUGAAUGAAGCUCAGAUGCUCUUAAGCAUGUUUCUUUACUCCUUUUCUCCCCCCCCCCUUCAAUUUCAAUGAAGGCUAGAAGACAGAAGCUAUAACUGAGGGAGCCUCCAGCAAAUGUUUUUCUUUUAACAACUUUACAUUUCUGACUAAUUCUUUUUCUUUAAUUUAUUCCUUGCUACAGAAAUUCUUGCUUGCGUCAUCCAAUUAUUUCAUAUUUUUAAGAUGGGCAGAUGCCCUUCUAGUUUUGCUCUGUAGUUCCGCUUCCCUCUCCUGGGUUGGGGGGAGGGGAGGGAGGAGAGAAGAGUGUUUCAAUAAAUAAAC